CCUCAUCCUGUCAACACCUUUCUCAAAGAUGUCCUCCACAUCGAGCGAGAACGAACUGAGCCUGUACCAAGAACUCCUGACCACCCAUGGAUCUACCAAUCAAGAGGAACUUCAAGCCGCCGUCGCACUCGAGGAAGUCAAGACGGCGCCUCUGAUCUGGUGGGACGUCAAGCACACCCUUGAUCAGCAUUCUCAUCCCGAUCCCGCACUGCAGCAGUAUGCAGUACUGGGUCAGGACCUUUCCAAUCCCGAUUCGGAUCGCCCCAAGCCCAUUCUGUUGAACACCAACACUCCAUGGUCCGCUUUCCUCUGCGGCUCGCAAGGCUCUGGAAAAUCGCACGCUCUCUCCUGUAUGCUGGAGAACUGCCUACUUCAAGAUCCGCGUAUUGGCAAGAAUCCGAAUCCACUUGCGGGACUGGUGUUCCACUACGAUAGCUCCCAAGGGAGCGGCGUCUGCGAGGCAGCGCAUCUCUGCUCCGAGAUUCCGGUUACGGUACUGGUCAGCGCGAGCAACCACGGGCGCUUGAAGGAGCAGUACGAAAACAUGGCGCGCAUGUACCCAAAGCCAACGAUCGAAGUGAAAAAGCUGGAACUGCACUCCUCACAGCUAGAUACCGAGCGUGUCAAGACCUUGAUGGCAGUGGAAAAGGACGGCGAGAUGCCGCUCUACAUGCAAGUCCUUAUCAAGAUCCUCCGGGAGAUGGCGACCGAUACUGGUGGUCUCGGCGCUUUCGACUACGCAGAAUUCGAGAAGAAAAUAGAUGACGAGAACUUCACGAGCGGGCAGAGUGGGCCGAUGGAGAUGCGUUUGGAUUUACUGAGGAGCUUCUUGGGCCUCCCCGCUAAACCACGCAAGAAUACUAGCGGGAGUGGAGGCGGAACGGGCGCUAAUCCGGAUAACCAAUCAACUGAAGUUCGGAAGCGCAAGUGGCAGAAGCUGGUCGCCAAAGAAGAUCCGAAGAAGCGCGAUCUCCUCAAAGGAAAGCCGGGUAACCUUACCAUCAUCGACCUCACGGACCCAGUCAUAGAUGCCGACUCCGCAUGCGUACUCUUCGACAUCUGCCUUUCCAUCUUCCUUCCUCUAACCACUUGUGGGAAGAUCGUCGCCCUCGAUGAGGCCCACAACUACAUGAAGACCGAUAGUGCAGCAGCCAAGCAGUUCACUGGCAGGCUCCUAAAGACCGUCCGCGAGCAGCGACACCAAGGCGCACGAAUCGUCGUUGCGACACAGGAGCCGUCCAUCAACACCGCCCUUCUGGAUCUAUGCAGCAUCACAAUGGUGCAUCAGUGCACGAGCCCCGAAUGGUUCAAAGUGCUGAAGAAGCAUAUCGCAGCUCUGUACCUUACCGGUGUCGAAGCGGAGAGGAGGUCUGAGACCGCGGGGAGUGGGGAUCGAGAGUGGUUUCAGAAAAUUGUGCAGCUGAAGCAGGGCGAGAGUCUGCUGUUCUGUCCGACGGCUGCCAUGGGGAUUGAAGGAGAGAAGGUCAGGAAGAUGGUAGAUGAAAUCGUGACGUUCCGGACCAGGAAGAGGCUCACCGGGGAUGGAGGACGAUCGAAGAAUGCGAAUGACAUAUCGGGUCACAUGGCGGGCCUGGGGAUUACCGACGAGCAGGAUGGAUAG